AAGCUAACAGUCAGUGAGGAUGGACGUCAGCGUCUCCGUGUCGUUCUUUCAAGACGAGCUCGCCUCUACCAUCGAGCACGCAGUGAAAGCGGCUGUAGACACCGUCUUGUGCCAAAUCACAAAAGUUGUCGGCGGCAAAUUCACUGAAUUCCGAAUGGAAAUGGCUGGAAAGGAGAAAGAGAAUGAAAGUCUGAAGCUGAGAUUGGAAAUAUCAGAGAGCGAGUUGAAAGCAGUGCGGGAAUGCAUGAACGCUGCAGAUGCAGACAUUAAACAACCUCUCAGAAACAUGAACCCCGACUGCAAUGAACAAGACUUUCAGAGGAACGAGAACCAGGGAUUAUUUCAAGAUCCCAAAGAGAGCCGUGCUAUAUCUAAAGCACAGGAGGGUCCAAGGAUAGAAGCAGUUUACACACUAGAGGCGUCCUUUGAUCAGGAGUGGUGUGCAAGUCUAAAGCAGGUUACAGAGCUGACAUGUGUUAAAGAUGAAGAGGUCCCUCGACUGGAAUGUGUUCCUAUUAAAGAGGAAUUCAUAGAACAGGAAUGUGUCCCCAUCGCAGAGGACGUUCCUGCUGAAAAUAAUGUCUGUACACUUGAGGAGAACAACAAGCUGGGAUCCAGCCUGUGUGAUGAUUGUCCACCUGAAUGUGAACUGGGAUUUAGAGCUAAAGGAAAUCUCAAAGGAGAGAAAUCUCAUCGCUGCACAGUGUGUAGGAAGAUAUUCAGUCGUUUAUCACACCUUAAAAAACACCAGCACAGUCACAGAGGAGAGAAACCUCAUCAGUGUUCUGAGUGUGGGAAGAGUUUCAGUCGUUUAUCACACCUUAAAAAACACCAGCACAGUCACAGAGGAGAGAAACCUCAUCAGUGUUCUGAGUGUGGGAAGAGUUUCACAAAGUUAGGAAAUCUUCAGUCACACCAGCGCAUUCACACAGGAGAGAAACCUUAUCAGUGUACUGAGUGUGGGAGGAGAUUCACGCAGUUACAAAAUCUUAAAAGACACCAGCGCAUUCACACAGGAGAGAAACCUUAUCACUGUACUGAGUGUGGGAACAGAUUCACAAAGUUAGAAAAUCUUCAGUCACACCUGCGCAUUCACACAGGAGAGAAACCUUAUCACUGUACUGAGUGUGGGAAGAGCUUCAGACGGAUAGAUAGCUUGAAAGAGCACCAGCGAACUCGCAGUCACUUAUCACACCUUAAGACACCAUAAAAUGCACAAUAGAGUGAAGCCCUAUCCCAGCAUUGAAUGUGGGAAGUUGAGUCAGUUGCUGGGUCUUGAAGGAUACAAGAGAAUCCACAGAAUUUCAGCCACUUGAGGACACCUAAACACCAGGAGUAAAUGUGAAUAAAAUAUAAAAAUAUUUACUGCAAACAAAAGAAUAAACUUACUUGAUAAAUAGGUUUAUUCCUAAUCACUUCAGAUCAAAAACCUACACUCACGGAUGGGACAUGAGAACUACAACGUCUUGGACGGACCAUUCAUCAUGUUGUUGACCAUUCUGAUUUUGUUACGUCAGAUUAGUAAUCUAUGAAAUAGAUUGUAAUUGCAUCUGCUUUGUAAAUUGCAUUUUACAAAGAAGAAUGGGCAAAAAUUGCAGUGUCCUGAUGUGCAAAGCAGGUAGAGACUUAUCCAAAUAGACUCAUGGCUGUAAUUGCUGCCAAAGGUGCCUCUACCAAAUAUUGACUCAAGGGGGUGAAUACUUAUGCAAUCAAUUAUUUUCUGUUUUAUAUUUGUAAUUAAUUUAGAACAAUUUGUAGAUUUUAUUUUUCACUUUGACAUUAUGGACUUUUUUGUGUUGAUCAGUGGCAAAAACUCCUAAUUAAAUCCAUUUUGAUUCCAUGUUGUAACACAAUAAAAUGUGGAAAAGUCCAAGGGGGGUGAAUACUUUUGAGAGCCACUGUACACCAAGCCCUGUCUGCACAUUUUGCAAUGGUCAACUAGUAGGCGGGAAUAUUUUAUAAUAAAAUUGUUAUUGUUGUCAAUGUGAU